AUGCCAGCACUAAAUGCAGCAAAAGUAUCUGCUGCUAUGUUAGAGAAAGGCCAAAGUCGUGUAAUAGAUGCUUCACUUACACUCAUUCGAGAAAGAGCAAAGCUAAAGGCAUGCUUUGCGUCAAAGCAAUAUAAUUUUGGAGUUCUUUUUCUCCAGGGAGAACUUGUGCGUGCCUUGGGAGGUGCUAAAGCAACUUCAACUCUUCUUGGAGUUCCUUUGGGACAUAAUUCAUCAUUCCUUCAAGGACCUGCAUUUGCACCUCCACGCAUUAGGGAGGCCAUUUGGUGUGGUAGCACAAACUCAACAACUGAAGAAGGCAAGGAGUUACAAGAUGCAAGGGUUCUAACUGAUGUUGGUGAUGUCCCGAUUCAAGAAAUUCGAGAUUGUGGGGUAGAUGAUCACAGAUUAAUGAAUGUAAUUGGUGAAUCUGUAAAACUAGUAAUGGAUGAGGAUCCAUUACGCCCCUUAGUUUUGGGUGGUGAUCACUCAAUAUCAUUUCCAGUUAUCCGAGCUGUCUCCGAGAAGCUUGGAGGACCCGUUGAUGUUCUUCAUCUUGAUGCGCAUCCUGAUAACUACGAUGCUUUUGAAGGAAACAUUUAUUCACAUGCUUCUUCUUUUGCUCGAGUCAUGGAGGGUGACUAUGUGCGGCGACUUUUGCAGGUCGGUAUAAGAUCAAUAACAGCUGAAGGGCGUGCACAAGCCAAAAAAUUUGGGGUUGAGCAAUAUGAAAUGCGGACAUUUUCAAGAGAUCGUGACUUCUUAGAAAAUCUGAGUCUAGGGGAAGGUGUUAAAGGUGUAUAUAUCUCAAUAGAUGUGGAUUGUCUAGAUCCCGCCUUUGCUCCAGGAGUAUCUCACAUAGAGCCAGGUGGCCUCUCUUUCCGUGAUGUUCUCAACAUCCUGCACAAUCUUCAAGGUGAUGUUGUCGCCGGAGACGUUGUCGAGUUAAACCCUCAACGAGAUACUGUCGAUGGAAUGACUGCCAUGGUAGCUGCCAAGCUGGUGAGAGAACUGGCUGCAAAGAUUUCUAAGUGA